UACAGCCAGCGUACAAAAAAUCUUAAAACAUUCUUAAUUUCUUGCACUGAAGAUCAGCAGCUGCAGACAAAUUUAUAAUUAGGAGGUGAUCUCUCUAGAUCUCUCUCUCUCUCUCUCUCUCUCUCUGAAGUCAUCCGUUGCUUUUCUUACCCUUUUCUUGAUCUUCUGAAUCAUGGAUCGUACUGCUCAAUGGCCAAAGGAAGAAAGCUUUGAAAAACCCAUGGAAGGGAUCAUGAUCAACACACGUACAAGUCUUUUGUCUGCAGAGAAAAGGGCAAUAAGAUCACCUCAGGCGCACUUGAAUUGUCGGAGGUGCAACUCAACCAACACCAAGUUCUGUUACUAUAACAACUACAGCCUCACUCAACCAAGAUACUUAUGCAAGACUUGUAAAAGAUACUGGACUGAAGGUGGAUCUAUCAGGAACGUUCCUGUUGGCGGGUGUUCAAGGAAGAACAAGAAAUCUGCAGCAGCUUCUCGAUCUACUUCAUCAAAGACUCCUGAUUUUAAUCCGGUACUUAGCCUCCCACAAUUUUCAUCUCAAAACCUUAAGGCCAAGGAAGCCCAAGUUCUUAAUCUGGCUUUCCCAACUAUUGACAAAAAAUAUCAUGGUUGGUCCCAAGGAAACUCUAGUAGUUCUGCUUCCUCUGCUCCUCUUUCAGCUUUUGAGCUGCUAAGGACUGGAAUUGCUUCAAGGGGUUUGAAUACUUAUAUUCCAUCACCUAUGCUGGAUACAAGUGCGUUGUACUACUCAUCUGCAGGCUUCCAUUUACAAGAACUCAAAACAACCCCAGGUUUCUCUGUUGAUGGUCUUGGAAGUACUGGGUAUGAAAUUCAAGAGAAUAGUGCAAAGCUUUUGUUUCCUUUCGGAGAAUCAAAGCAGAUUUCAAGCACAAAUGAAGUGGAACCGAGGAAGGGACAAGCUGGGAUUUCGACUGGAAAUUGGAGUCAUGCAAUGUUAAACGGAGGAUAUUGGUAAAUAAAAUGGACAACGAAAUAAAAGAAUCGCCUUUAAUUUC